AUGUUCCGUCCCGCCUCCAGAGUCCUCCUCCGCGCCCCGGCCACAGCCCGUGGCCCGGCCAGCAGACGAUUGAUAAGCACCGCUCCCGCCGAGGCCUCCAAGUCGAGGAGCUGGAAGAACACCGCCGUCCGACUGGGUCUGGCGGCCGGUGCUGUCUACUAUUAUAACACGGCCAGCGUGUUCGCCGAGCCUCCUUCCUUCUCCCUCCGCGAACAAAUCACCACCUCCGAACCCGCCACCUCUCUCACCCUCGACUCCGUCAAGCCCAAGAUCCGCGCCCAGAAGGAAUCCGAAUCCCAAUCGAAACCCGCCCCCUCUCCGUCCGCCGAUGCGCCGCAACAACAACAACCGUCCGGCUCCGACGCCGCCGUAAACCCCCAAGAGCUCGAGGAAGAAGCCAGCCAGGAGGCCGCCUUUAACCCGGAAACCGGCGAGAUUAACUGGGACUGCCCGUGUCUGGGCGGUAUGGCGCAUGGGCCUUGCGGAGAGGACUUCAAGGCUGCGUUCAGCUGCUUCGUGUUCUCGACUGAGGAGCCCAAGGGUAUUGAUUGUAUUGAGAAGUUUAAGGCCAUGCAAGAUUGCUUCCGCCAGCAUCCCGACGUCUACGGAGCCGAGAUCGACGAUGACGAGGAAGCCCCCGCUGCUCCUCCCGUGAGCGCCGAAGACGCCCCCGCCGCCGUCGCUCCUCAGUCCACGGCUUCCGCCGCGGAGAUCGAGGCCUCGUCGCAUCCGGAUGAGAAGCGCGCUCGCGCCAAGGAGACCGUCGCUGAGACCAAGACCGUCGCGGCCGGUCAGCCUGAGCUGGCGGAGAGCGACGAGCUGUUGCCCAAGGCCUGGCACGACACGGAAGCUAAGAACGAGCAGUCGGAGAAAUAA